AUGGGCGUUCAGGCUAACGUUAAGUUGAGGGAGUCGCUACAUGACCUCAUACAAGGUAAACAGGCAAGCACAAGAAGACAAUUAACGGAGGCGCUGACGCCAUGUGUGAGGGAAAUCAGACUAACUAAACCUGACAAUUCAGAGGAACUGAGCUCAGAAAUAUCAACAUUGUUAUCUCUGAUGAAGAACGCUAUCGAGCAGCAUAGAGAGCCUCUAAACGUUGUACUCGGUCUCUGCGGCAAACAAGUCAAACAGCCAAUGCGGUUUCCAUUUUAUGGCUUCGAAAGGGUCACUGGGGUUUCAGCAGAUAAAACGGCAAUCUUGAUAUCUUUGAUGAAACGCGUGCAAAGGCAGCUGGACUUAAAGGAAACGUGCACCAUAAGGGAUGUGUUUUACUUGAACGUUGAACUUUACAAAAACCAAAGGACUGUUACUGAGUGGCUGAAUGCUAUUUCGAAGGCAUUCGAGCUGCCACACCGCGAUAUGCUCCGAGUUGUCGCAGCCCAGAAGGGGUUAUGUUUCACCCCGAUUGAUCUACACCAUGGCAACAGCAUGAUUAUGAAACGCCAAAAAUCUUUAAUACCCUUCAUGGAUGCUAAUACGAGUUUCACAGGUAUAUGGAGCGAAAUAGACCGCGUAGUAGUGCUGGAGAAAGAUGCCGUUUUCAACACCCUUGUUGACAACAUUCUAGUCAGUGCAAAUGCUUUAAUUGUUACAGGAAAAGGUUACCCAGAUUGGCGUACAAGACACUUCCUUGAUAAGCUCAUGCUGAGUUGCCCUCCAAGCGUUGCAUUCGAGGUGUACACUGACAGCGACCCUUAUGGGAUCGAUAUUGCCUUGAAGUAUAUCCAAAACUGUGAGAAAUCGGUUGAAAAAUGCCCCAGACUUUGUUACAAGGGGGUCUUGAUCCAGGAACUUCUACAUGACCGACUAUCAACGCGGGGCCUCCAACUGCUAAAUUUGAAAAUACGAGACGUCAAUUUUGCAAUGAAGCUCCUUCAAAGGACAGCAGAAUUAGAGUUAUCGGGCAAAAACAAGCGCAUGCUUACGCAAGAGUUACAGCGGCAGCUAUUCUACUCGAAAAAAGCGGAAAUGAAUUCUGUUUCCAAUUCUGAUUUCGCAAGCUAUUUUUCCAAAAAAAAUAAGUAG